AUGCCCCAACUUCAAAAGCUCUGGCCGAGAAAGCCGCUGCAAAGAAACGGCCAGCAGGCACCAGUGAAGCCCCUCCCUCAAAAAGGCAAAGGGUUUUCUGCUAAGAGGAAGAAGACCACUCGGCCGGUUCCCAAGGUCGUGAUCGACCUUCCGGCCAAGGAGGAGGCCAAAGAGGAGCCAGCUGAAGUUGACUCUCGAGCCCUGGUGGCCUAUACUGGUCCGGCUGAGCAACCCGAUUCUUCGCAACCUGACGAGGUUGUCAUUCUGGACGACGCUGAACAAUCUUCCAAGCCGGACGCGGCUGUGGACGGAUCCGCCUUUUCUGGGCCAGUGGCCCAACUGGUAGGCCAGAUGCCGGCCGCUUAUAGGACGGCUUCCCGUUCUUCUGAUAAAGGGAAGGGUCCUGCUGUUGUCGGCUCCCCUAGCCUCUCUGACGAUGAAUCUUCUCCAGCCUUUGGAAAGAUGUCGUCGUCUGAUCGUGAGAAGCUCAAGACGGAGCUGUUCAAGUGCUUUCCCGAAACUUAUAUCAAGGGGUUAAGGGGAGCAUCGUCUGGGCAUGUAGGUUACAUGUCUCAGCUUGCUGCCGAGCUUUUUGCUCGCAGCAUGAUAACAGAAGACUGGGCGAAGGAGCUCAGAAAAGAGAAUAAAAAGCUCGUCCAUGACGUAACUGCGGCCGCCGACCAUGCUCAGUUCGUCAUUUCCGAGCAAGAGGUGUUGCACCAGCAAACCAAAGUUGCUUUGGAAAAAAGGUCGGCUGAGCUGGAGUCUCAGAUCAAAGUCUAUCUUCUUCGGUUGACGGAGUGA